AUGAGUCCAGGUUGCUUCCACCACAGCAGAGUUCAUCUUCCACCACAGCAGAGUUCAUCUUCCACCACAGCAGAGUUCAUCUUCCACCACAGAAAAGUUCAUCUUCCACCACAGCAUAGUUCAUCUUCCACCACAGCAGAGUUCAUCUUCCGCCACAGCAGAGUUCAUCUUCCACCACAGCAGAGCUCAUCUUCCACCACAGCAGAGCUCAUCUUCCACCACAGCAGAGUUCAUCUUCCCCCACAGCAGAGCUCAUCUUCCACCACAGCAGAGUUCAUCUUCCACCACAGCAGAGCUCAUCUUCCCCCACAGCAGAGCUCAUCUUCCACCAAAGCAGAGUUCAUCUUCCACCACAGCAGAACUCAUCUUCCACCACAGCAGAGUUCAUCUUCCACCACAGCAGAGUUCAUCUUCCACCACAGCAGAACUCAUCUUCCACCACAGCAGAGUUCAUCUUCCACCACAGCAGAGCUCAUCUUCCACCACAGCAGAGUUCAUCUUCCACCACAGCAGAGUUCAUCUUCCAACACAGCAGAGCUCAUCUUCCACCACAGCAGAGCUCAUCUUCCCCCACAGCAGAGCUCAUCUUCCCCACAGCAGAGCUCAUCUUCCACCACAGCAGAGUUCAUCUUCCACCACAGCAGAGCUCAUCUUCCACCACAGCAGAGUUCAUCUUCCACCACAGCAGAACUCAUCUUCCACCACAGCAGAGUUCAUCUUCCACCACAGCAGAACUCAUCUUCCACCACAGCAGAGUUCAUCUUCCACCACAGCAGAGUUCAUCUUCCACCACAGCAGAGUUCAUCUUCCAACACACAGAGCUCAUCUUCCACCACAGCAGAGCUCAUCUUCCCCCACAGCAGAGCUCAUCUUCCCCCACAGCAGAGCUCAUCUUCAACCACAGCAGAGCUCAUCUUCCUCCACAGCAGAGCUCAUCUUCCACCACAGCAAAGUUUGUCUUCCACCACAACAGAGCUCUAG